UAAAAUUAAAUAAAAGAUGAUCAAUUUAUGACCUGUUCGUUCCGUGUCUGUUGGUUUUUUUAAGUUUUAUUCUUUCUUCCUGCAUUUUAGUUUUUAUUUAAAAUUAGACAAAAUAACGAUAAUUAGUGAAUAAAUUUAAUCGGCAUCGGGUACUAAGGUUUAUUUUAUGAUCGUUUUGUCGUGAUCGUUCAUGAUCUUGCACAUGGUCGUCGUCGUCGUUGUUAUUUUGAGUCUAAUAUCCCUCGAUUCAUAUAACUGCCGCCUCUGACGCGGCAGCUCCCGUACGCUAGAGAAUAUCAUCUCUUCCAACUUCAUUAUCUUCUGCUAGCGAAAAUUUUGAAAACCAAAGGAUAUACGAAAAUAGAUUUUUUGGCGACGAAGGCGUCGUUGUCGUUUUGGUCGUUCGUCGACGCACCGUAAUAUACGCGAUUUUGGUUGUUUUUGUUUUGUUUGAUUUUUGAGAUUGGAUCUGCGUUUUUUGGUCCACAACAGAGGCGACGCGUUUUAUUUUUUAUUUUUUGGCACGAUCACUUUUCGUUGUGUGUGAUCAAAGUGAUCUUUUUUGUGUCUGUUUUAAAUCACACGUGCGUGUGGUGUGGUGAGAAUAAAAAAGGAUCUCUCUCUCUUAUAAGAUCCUUCGGUUGUGUCACAAUGAAAACCAAGUGUGAUUUUGUGUUUUUGAAGUUUUAAUGAAAGAAUCAUAAUCCCAGUGAAAAUAUUUAUUUAUUCAAAAAUAAAAUACCUACCUUAAUAAAAAUGUGUCCUUUUCGAGUGGCAUUAGUUGCCACAAUUUUAAUAUCCCUGUGUUAUGCCAAAAGUUCCCCAGCGGAAUUCCUUAAGAGUGUUAGCGAUCAUGAUCGUUUUGUGGAUUACGAUGAUCAUGAAUCGCAUAUUGUCUCCUGGACGGGUGAAAAAAUUUCAUCGAGUAAAAAGUCCUCGAAUCAUCGAAAAAUUUCAGUGAGAAAAAACAAAAGUGGAUUAACCAUCGAACGAAAUUUCCCAACAGGAUUAGCUUCUCAAGACGAUGGGCGUGGUGGUGCUAGUGAGGAAUUACUACAGCACCAACCGCCUCCUUUGGCUUCAACUUAUUUGGAAUCAUCAAGAUCAUCAUCAUCGUCAACAUCAACAUCGUCAUCAUCAACAUCUUCGUCAAGUUCUUCAUCUUCGGGUAGGAAACGGAACCAACGUAAGCGUGGACGAGGUCAACGUCAGAAAAUGAAUAAAAAUGCUCUUCGACUUCUUUCCGGACAGACAGAAACCAUCGAAGGUGGUGGAGCAUUUCCGCCACUGUUUAAUGUCGCGCCCAGAGCCUCGAUAACCGUCAAUGCAACCUGUGGCCAAAAUGGACGCGAAGAGUUCUGCAAAUUAGUCGAUGCCUACCCUCAUAAAAAUUGGUCUACGCAAUGCGGCAUCUGUAAUGCCCAAUCUUCCGAUCCGGCUAAACAACAUCCAAUCGAAGCGAUCCUGAACAAUGGAAAUACAGACGAACGCUGGUGGCAAAGUCCUACGCUACAAUAUGGAAGACAUUUCGAGUAUGUCACCAUAACAAUGGAUCUAAAGCAGGUCUAUGAGGUGUUCUUUGUUAUGCUAAAAUCUGCCAAUUCCCCUCGACCGGCUUCGUGGAUUCUGGAGAAGUCUCUGGAUGACAUCACCUACCAGCCAUGGCAGUAUUUUGGACUGAGUGAUGCCGACUGUCGGCGGCGCUAUGGAGUGGCUGGCCAAAAUGGCAAAUACGUGUUCAGCAAUGACACCGAAGUCAUAUGCACGACGCAGUUCUCGAAGGCACUGCCUCUAGAAAACGGUGAGCUGCAUGUUUCGUUGUUGAAAAAUCGACCAGGAGCGAUGGAACAAUCGGCGGAGUUGAUGGACUUUAUAGCUGCUCGGUAUAUUCGAAUUCGAUUCCAGGGAAUGCAUUCCACAGCGAAUCUGGAUAACAGUGUGGAUUGGUUGUUGGAUGCCCAGUCGCUGGAAAAGCGGAGUUUCUACUCGUUGAAACAGAUUCGAUUGAGUGCCCGUCUUAGUUGUCACGGCCAUGCUGAGAAGACCAUCGAAGUGGCGUCGUCAAGCGAAGACCCCAAAGAGACCUCUUUUGAGUGUGUCUGCCUGCACAACACCUGCGGAUCGGAUUGUGGAUCGUGUUGUCCACUUUUUCAAGACAAACCGUUUAGAAAUGGAACAGCACGAAGAGAGAACGUUUGUGAAAUUUGUCAGUGCAAUGGCCAUGCGACAAUUUGUGAAUAUGACGAGUUCCUGGGACGAGGAGUCUGCCAGGACUGCCGGAAUAACACUGCCGGGAAUGAAUGUGAGUUCUGUCGGGCGGGCCACUUUCGCCCAAAAGACUCAUCUCUGGACACACCUUGUGAAGAGUGUCAGUGUCAUGAUUUGGGGUCUGUGGGAUGUCAUGCAGUGGGAGGAGGUUGCAUUUGUAAAGAUGGCUUUCAGGGAGACCUCUGUGCAGAAUGUGCGCCUGGCUAUCAUGGGGAGAACUGCACUCGUUGCUCAUGUGAUUCAAGGGGCUCUCUACCUGGCGCCGAGUGUGAAGACCGCUGCAUUUGUAAGACCAACGUCGAAGGUGAUGCCUGCACUGAGUGUAAACUCGGGUACUUUGGGCUGUCGGCCGACAAUCCUCACGGCUGCAUGAAAUGCUUCUGUUCGGGAGUUGGUUUCUCCUGUUCCAGUGCGAAUAUGCAAACUCUAUCAUUCGAGACCCUCAACGACUGGAAAAUCACAGAUAUUUCCCGAAGUCAAGUCUUCUAUCCGAAUAUUGAUGUGGAAACUGGAAAUUUAGUGUAUGGAAUGUACGACAUGACCGAAGUGGAUACCCUUUAUUGGAUGGCUCCAGUUGGCUACACCGGCAACAAACUUACCUCCUAUGGUUCAAGGAUUUCUCUGCAUGUUUCGUGGGUUUUCAUAAGAGGUGACACCAGUGGCCAUCCCACAUCGUGUCCGAAUGUAAUUCUAUUCGGGCGAAAUGGCCUACAAAUCGCCUUCGAAGAUCGCGAAUACACCUCCGACUCAGUGGUUAUGGAUGUGAUAAUCAAAGAAGACGGUUGGUAUCAUCUGCAAAACAUCCCAGGUCAUUAUAGAGGAAUGGCAGUGACACGAAAUGAAUUCAUGUCAGUUUUGGUCGAUGUGGAAUCUGUUCUCAUUCGUGGAUUCUUUCACACUGACCAAGUGGAAACCAUCCUGGAAAGGGCGACAAUUUACACUGGUGGCACUGAGUUGGGUGCCAAAUCGACAACUUUCAUCGAAGAGUGCAUAUGUCCGCCAGGAUACACCGGAUACUCAUGUGAAAACUGUGAAUUUGGUUAUAUUCGUGUGGAUGAAGGUGGAAAUUCGAGUAGCAAAUGCAUUCCAUGUCCUUGCAAUGGUCAUUCCAAUUCGUGUGACCUUCAAAUUGGUAAUUGUGGUGAAUGCAUGCACAACACUUUCGGAGAGAGGUGUGAACGCUGUAAGGUUGGUUUCUAUGGUAAUCCAAUGCAUGGAACUCCGAACGAUUGUAAACGUUGUGCUUGUCCUCUGGCGGUCGAUAGUAAUAACUUUUCACCCAGUUGUCAGCUGAAGAAGCUAAGUUUGGACCUGAACCAUUUCGACGAUUCGGAGUAUGUGUGCACUCAGUGUCCAACUGGUUACACGGGCGAUCAUUGUGAGAUGUGUGAUGAUGGCUAUUAUGGAAAUCCAACAGAAAUUGGUUCUCAGUGCUUGCCAUGUCCAUGUGAUGGUGGUCCAUGUGACAUAUUUACAGGGAAAUGCAUAACCUGCAGUGGCAACACCGAAGGCUGGCACUGUGAACGCUGUAAAAUGGGUUAUUGGGGCGAUCCAGCUGUCGGAUGUGAAUCAUGCGAUUGCUAUGCCGAAGGAUCAGAUUCAGAUGUCUGCGAUAGUGUCAACGGUCAGUGUCUUUGUAAGCCUCGUUUCGGAGGACAAAAAUGCGAUGAAUGUGAAAUUGGGUUUGCCGAUGUGGAUCUUAUGUGUCCACCGUGUGAAUGUGACUUAAAUGGAUCACAUAAUGAUGUUUGCGAUCCGUUUUCUGGACAGUGUAGCUGUAAACUUGGUGUAACAGGACUUAAAUGCGAUGAAUGUGCUGAUGAAUAUUUUGGACUUGAAGAAGACGGGUGUGAAGAAUGCCUAUGCAAUCCCAUUGGAGCGAUAACCCUUAUCUGCGAAAAACGGUCUGGUCAAUGCCCGUGUCUAUCGAACGUCACCGGCCGUCGAUGUGAUAAAUGCCGUCCAGGUCAUUGGAAUCUAACAGCUGGUAAUGGUUGUUUCGAUUGUCGAUGUGAUCCAAUUGGUUCGCGAAGCAACGAAUGUAAUCCCUGGACUGGCCAGUGCGAUUGCAAGAUCGGCAUAAGCGGCCAACGCUGUGAUCAAUGUCAAGAGGGAUUCUAUGGCUUCAACAGUGAAGGUUGUAUUCGUUGCGAUCCGUGUCCGGUGGAAGGCCAGGUGUGUGAUACCUUCAACGGUCGAUGCAUCUGUCCGCCGAAUAGUCGAGGUUUGCGGUGUUCGCAGUGUGUUCCCGGCACUUGGGGCUGGCAGAAUAGAGUUGGAUGUAUAAAUUGUGACUGUGACAUGAUCGGUUCCAUCGGGCAGAUGUGCGAUGAAGUUUCGGGGCAAUGUGUUUGCCGGGAGGGAUAUGCCGGACGAAAGUGUGAAACUUGUGCUGUGGGUUACUUUGGCUAUCCAGAGUGUCGUCGUUGCAAUUGUGAUGUUCAUGGAUCGUUCGUGCGACCAGAUGGAUUAAUUGCCUGUGAUACGAAUGGGCAGUGUCCAUGUAAGGCUCUGGUAAUUGGUCUGAAGUGUGACACAUGUCGACAGGGAACUUUUGGCCUAUCGAACUUGAAUCCCGAAGGUUGUACACGCUGCUUCUGCUUUGGCCGAUCGGAUCAGUGUGCCCAGAGUGAAUGGUCAUGGGGACACAUUCGAAUGCCAGGCUCAAGGAAUUUAAGUAUUCAGUAUAUGCAUCCCUCCUCGGUGCCAAAUAGUGAAUUUGAGUAUAUUGUGAUCAUUCAAAUGGAAGGCAGCAAAUCAUAUCGCGAAGAUGCCGAACUAAGCUCAAUGAACAAUUUGAAUUUGAUACCAAAAUCCACGGGGAACAUAUCGAUCGGAGCCUAUACGACCUUCUAUUAUCCCCUCUACUUCCAAUUGCCUCCACAAUUCUAUGGCGAUCGAACGAGUAGUUAUGGUGGGAAUCUUGUCUAUACCCUUCUUACAGAUGGCGGAGGCAAUCUCCUGGACAGGAAGAUCCUACUUCAGUUUCCAUUAGUACAAAUUCACUCCCAUUCAAGACUUAUCAUAGACUUCUAUGAAUAUGAAGAACGGAUUUACACGAACAAUGAUACCUUUAGUGUUCCAUUGCAUGAGUCCUAUUGGAAGCUUCAUCAAAAUGGACACGAUGUCGAUAGAUCAACGAUGAUGGCUGCUUUGCAAAAUAUCAAGCACAUCUUCCUGAGGGGAACAACAACAAUGGACUUUGUACAAGUUAUAAUUCAAAACGUCCACAUGGAUACAGCAAUCUAUAUCUAUGGAUCGACCAAUAUGAUCGCCAAAGGUGUCGAGAGGUGCAAGUGUCCGAAAAUGUACGAAGGGCUUUCAUGUCAAGACCCUGGUGCUGGAUACUACCGAUGGAAGAAUAAUACCGAAAUUCACAGUACCUUCAUUGAAGAUCUGAUUGGGCGAGCUGCUCCUUGUCAUUGCAAUGGACGAAGCACCGAGUGCGAUCGAGAAACUGGAGUUUGUUUGAACUGUCGAGGAAACACUGGUGGUGAUCACUGUGAUCGUUGUGCCGAAGGCUUCUAUGGUGAUCCAAAUAUUGGAAGUUGUCGAUCGUGUCCCUGUCCGGAGACAAGUCGAAAUUUCGCCAAGGGCUGUACCGUGUGGAAUGGGGAAGUGAGCUGCAUUUGUCGCCCUGGAUAUACUGGAGCUUUGUGUGAUCGUUGUAGACCGGGUUUCUUCGGGUCACCGCGAUCGAUCAACGGAACUUGUCGAUCAUGUGAUUGUAAUCUGGAUGGCAUUGCUCUGGAUGAGUGUAAUAGUGAAACUGGUCAAUGUCAUUGCAAACCAGGAGUUACGGGUCGUAAGUGUGAUGUUUGUGUUGCCGAGAGACAUUUCCUAGAAGAUCGCCGGUGUAAACUCUGUGAUAAUUGCACUUUAACCCUUUUGGAUUAUGUGGAACUUAUUGGUCAUAAGCUCCGGCGAGGUAUGGCUCAUAUGGACUUAACUGGCAUCCCUGCCCCUUGGUUGAAACUCGAUGAAUAUGAGGAAAAUCGUUUGGAUGUAACUGAUCAGUUGCAAGACUACACGGAUGCCAAACGAAUGAUGCUCAACUAUGACGAUAACACUCUUCAGAAACUUGGUUCCUAUGCAGAGAAUAAUAAGUUCCAAUCGCGAAAAGCCGCUGCAACAGCUGCUAAACGAACUGAAGCUGUUACGAUUCUGAGGAAAGAAUCCGCAGACUUGUAUUCAGAUAUCGGAAAUGUCCGAUCGAAUAUCAUUAAUACGAUUUUUGCCCUAAACAAUUAUGGAACCGAAGAUCAUCACAUGAGUUUGCCAGCAGUGCUGCAAGAAGCUCGUUACUAUUUGCAUCAAAUUCAACAACAUGAUGAAUCAGUGCAGAAUAUUCGCGGAACCUGGUCAAAGGCUUGGGAUUUAUUCUAUCUACAUGGCAAUGCUUCAGAUGCAGCUUUCGAUUUGAGAGGUCGUUUGGAGAUGUUCAUGCGAGAUUUGAACAAUACGAACUAUCGUCUGUCCGAUGCUCGAAUGUUCACUGAUAAAACGUUCGAAAUGUUAAAUGAAAUCGAUGAUAUUCAUGAGCAUAUUGUGAAUUUGAAAAGUUAUCUGGUGGAAGAUCAUGGUCAGAUUAGGGAGCUUCAAAGUGAAUUCGAUCAAUAUGAAAACAAUAGUUUGGUUGCGGAGACUGAUACUUUUUUGGAUAUGAUCGAGGGACGACAAGAACAAUUGGAUGGAGAAAUUGAUACUAUUGAGAGAUUGUCAAGGUAUAUGAAUGAUACUUUGGAAGAGAACGAUAAGAUACGUAAGGAAGUUUAUAAACAUUGGUUGCCAAAGGCUCAGAAACAUGCUGCGAGAUUGACCGAACGUUCGAAUGAGUAUAUGAGGCAGUUCCAACCUACGAAGAAUGGAGCCAGAAUUGCGCUCUUAGCGAGCUCUGCCCACAAAAACAUUUCAGACGCAAUCACAGCUGCACGAAGAUCUUCCCUGGAAGCCAGAGAAGGUGUUUCUGAGGCCCAAAAUCAACUCUAUCCAAGUGAUGGCAGCUCUGUCAUCGAACGAGCCAAGAUAUCUCUCGGAAAAUCAAAACUCUUACAAAAAGAUGCCCUCAGAGAAAUGGAAAAAGCUAAUGUUUUAAAAAUGAAAAUCAAAAUCCAUGAAGAUGAAGUUGAAGGCAUCAAAUCACGAAUUAUCGACGCAGGUAUUCGAACAAACAACAUCUCAUCAAUGCUUUCAACCCUCAAUACUGGUGCUUCGAAGAAAAUGGCCUUGGAAAGUAUUGAAAUGGCAACUCGCGUAUCAGAACAAAUGAAUGCAGAAAAUCGUAAAGCUCUCGAUGUUAACGAUGAUAUUUUAAGGCUGAGAGAGAAAUUCAAUAUGCUCGAGCCUGAUUUCGCUAUAAAACUUGGCAUGGCCGAGGAGAAUAUUUCACUGACAAAGACCAAUAUCCGAUUGGCUAAUAUAUCGUUGAAUUUUGUGGAGGAACAAACAAUGAGAGCACAUCAGAAAUUUGAAGUUUGGAAUGAUACAAUGUCAAAGCAAAUGCAAGAGUUGAGGGAUAAGAUCGCAAAGGCUCGACAUGCAGCCGAAGGGAUCAAAGUUUCUAUUGAAUCAGCCGAUCCUAAGUGUGUUCGAUCCUACUUGCCAUCUUCAUAUGGACUAUCAACAUCGAAUUCUAUAAAGCUUAGUUUUGCUCUGAACAACGUUAAUGGUAAUUCACCCCUCAUCUAUAUCCAAGGUCGAGAUGGGAGAUAUAUUGCAAUGGACAUGUAUAAAAGACGGGUUCGUCUCAAAUGGAAUCUUGGUGGAAGCACUGAGACAAUCACACAUCCUCUAGAAAUUCAAACUCGUGAUCCACACUACGAUGACGCCUGGUAUCAUGUCGAAGCCAAUCGAACUUUGAAUAUUGGAAGUCUAUUGGUUCGUCGUAUGACAAAUGUUGGAACACUUGCUCCUUCGAUUCCUGUAACUGGAGUGACUGAUUUAGAGUAUACUCGAUUUUUCCGAACUACUGCUGAUAAAAUAUGGAUCGGAGGUUAUCCAUCUGAAGCUCAAAUACGUGAUCCUUUGGUUGGCGAGGGCUUGAAUGUGAUUUUGCAUCAGGUACAAGUUGAUAAUAAACCUUUAGGUUUGUGGAAUUUUGCUCAUUCCGAGGGUAAAUGUGGAGGAGCUAUGUCUGGAGCACAAGAAUCAGCGGCAAUGUCAAAUGCCAGAUAUUUCAAUGGACUUGGUUAUGCUGAAGUUAAGAAAUCCAGACCAAGACCGUAUCGGAAGAAUUUGUUUGCACUGCAGAUGACUUUUAGGACACUGGACGAGAAUGCUUUGCUAUUUUUGGCGGUUGACGAUAAAAAUAAUCGCUCAGUUUCAGUGACCUUAAGUCGUGGACGUAUUCUCUUCCGAAUCGACUAUGGCGAUGAAUCCAAACUCGAGAUCAAUACAACAAAGAAAUACAAUAGUGGAAAAUGGAUUAAGAUUGAAGCAGCAAGAGAAUUUGUACCAAAACGAGGCACGGAGAAUGGAAGCCUUCGGGUGAAUAAUGAUACACCGAUUACAGGAUCACCCACAGUGCCGAUUAAGAGCCAUAUGCUUCCGGAUCUGUCGAAAGCUGUGUAUUAUUUAGGCGGAGUUCCUCCAGGCUUCCGAUCAGGUUCAACGAAAGCUCCUGGAGCUGAUAAUCCCUUCAUGGGCUGCAUGAUGGAUGUCCAGAUCAAUGGGGAAACUUAUGAUCCACUAGGAAGCUCUACAUACUUUGGCGUUGAACAGUCCUGCAAAGAUACCGUCACUAAAGCUGGCUUCACUGGUAGUGGCUUUGUUGAGUUAUCUUCACAAUCUCUCCGCAAACGAUCAAAUACCGGUUUUGUAUUCCGAACUCUUCAGCCCAAUACUUUGCUCCUUCUAUCCGCCUAUCCUCCAGAAGUUAGUGGCGACUACGAUUCGAAGGACAUCAAAGGCAACUAUUCGAUAAGUGUCCUCGAUGGUCUCAUUCAUGUUUGGAUAGACUCCGGACGAUCAAAUGUUAAACUUGUAUCGAACUCUUCAGUGAACGAUGGAGAGUAUCAUGUUGUAAAUCUCAUCAAAAAUGGUCGUAAAUUCGAUCUUAUGGUUGAUGAUGAGCUGCAAGACUCCAAAAUCCUUACUGGUUCGCCAACUAUGGUUAGCAUGCCUCGAGAAGCAGGUGGCCUGUACGUUGGUGGAGCUCCAGAAAACGCUGAAUAUAAACCCUUAGCACCAACAUUAAUACCCUUAGAGGGUGCCAUACGAGAUAUUGUGUUCAAUAAUAAGACUGUCAACUUUAAUCAAGCUUUAAGCUUCUCAAAUGUUCAAAUUGGUAGAAAUGGCCCUCAAAUGGGCAGCUUUAAUGGAAUGUAUGAUGUUUUAAUGAAAACCGAACCCAUUGGAAAGAGUUUCACAACAGCUCCCGAAGGAUGUCAAAGAGUCGGCAGUUAUUCCUACGAACCGAAUGCCUUCAAAUUCGGUGACAACCAUCACAGUUAUUCUCAAUUGAAUUUACAAGCCCGUAAUUUUUGGCAACGAAACUUCCACAUUGAUUUCGAUUUUCGUUCCUUCUAUCCGAAUGGUUUGAUCUUUUUGGCUCCUGGCACCAAAGAAAAACAAAAACACUACGUUAGCCUUCUUCUCAAAGAUGGUCAUCUAUUGCUCAUAGUUCGUGGUCGAAGACGUGAAGAAUUACAAUUGACAGCUAAGUUAAAUAACGGUGAAUGGCAUCAUGUCAUAAUCAAUUGUCAAGAUCGUAAAGUUACGAUGAGUGUGGAAAUUGGAACAACAGAUCAAAAAACUUCAGCGCAAAUGAAAGUUCCGAAAAAAAUCAGUGCAUCAUCGUCGAUUUAUGUUGGUGGUUUGCCAGAACAACCGGUGAAUGUGCCAAAUGAAUUGGCCUUGAAGUUGGAAGGUUUUAAGGGAUGUCUGAGAAAAAUGAAUAUCAAUGGAACGACACAGGAUUUGGCGAGGCCAGGGAAACAUUUGAAUGUUGGACAGUGUUUUCCCAAAGUCGAAAAAGGAUCCUAUUUCCCAGGAGAUGCUUAUGCCAUUUAUAAAAAAAACUUCCACGUAGGAAAAUAUUUAGAACUCGAAUUGGAAUUCCGAACAUCAGAGCUUAAUGGCAUCCUACUUAGUGUCUCAGAACCCAAUGGCUUCCCAGCACUCUCACUCGAAAUUCACACUGGAAAUGUAAUUUUAUCCUGUGACCUUGGCGAUGGCAAUCCAUUCCGAGUCCAAUCGAUUCUCCCAUCGAAAUAUGCCAUUUGUGACAAUAAAUGGCAUAACAUAUCCGCCUUAUAUGACUUCGAGCAAAUAGCACUUCGAAUAGACAAUCAUCCAGCGAUCAUUUCACUGGCCCAACAUCGAGUCAGUGGGAAAGUUCAGACGAAAUCGGCUCUCUAUAUUGGUGGUGUUCCAGACAUUGCUCCAAGUGGCACCCUUUUGACGAGAGAAAACUUCAAAGGAUGUAUACGAAAUGUUUCUAUUCGAAAUGAACGACGUGACUGGAUCGACAUGGAUGGUCUUCACAAUGUUCUUCUAAGUGAAUGUUUAGUUGUGAAUUGAUAAAAAACACACAUUUUUAAAGUUUUUUAAAAAAUAUCACAACGAUCAUUACGUUCCCACCAAAUGUGACGACACCCGACUUAUAAUCUAUAAAAAUACAUUUUAUUGAUUCGAUUUAUCUGAAUCACUGCCAUAUACGCUUAAAUUUUAAGAUUACUUUUCUUUUUAAUAAUAAUAAUAAUUCGUCAACAAGAAAGAAAACCAUAGACUGCCAUUUUUUGAAAAAUAAGAAAAAAACAAAUUUUACAUAAGCUUUGUUCAAAGUAGGCGCCCAUAAAUACGUAAAUACAAACCAGUAACUGCAUUUUAUGUUUUCCAAAUGACGUCAUUUAAACGAGUAGUUAGAAAUAGAAGAUUUUGAAAGUUUUAUUGUUUUCUUUUUGUUGAACUUUAAAUAACACCAGAAACUUAAAAUAUUUAUUUGAGUUGAGAUACAAAAAAGAAAAACAAAGCAAUAGUACACAAUGAGGCUUGUUUUAUGUUUUUUUUAAUUUUUUUGUUUAAUCUAAUUAUUUUUAUAAUUUUAUUUGUUAUUUUUGUUUAUAAUUUUCAAUUAAUUUAUUAUCAUUUUUCUCCUUUAAGAAAAGCCACUUUAUUAUAAAAAUACAAAUAAAAACAAAAACAAAAACAAACACACACAUAAAUAAUAAAACGAAUCUCUUUAACUCAUAAACAUUUUACAUAAUAUCCAUUAAAAUAUAAUUAUUUAUGUUUUAAUUUAAUUUAGUUUAAGUUGUUUUAUUCUGUCUGUGUAUAAAUUAUUUUAUAUAUAGAAAGUAAGUAAUAUAUAUAUUAA